GUCUAUCCAACAUUGCUGCCAUGCUCACUUGGUGCAAUGAGCCAAAGAGCUGCCCUGCAUCUGCGACAAAGGGCUGACUGCGCAGAGGACAUCUCAUCCACAUGAAACUAUGGCCGAAUGCAAGGUGCAGAAUCAGAGUGAAAAGUCGCAGCUCACGGCAGUUUUGGUUCGUGGCAUCCCGGGCAGUGGAAAGUCGCUGCUGUGUCAGACCUUGGUAAAUCUGUUGGGCGGUCAGCAUCUGAGUCAGGAUGAGGUCGAGGCGAAGUAUGCUGGACAACAAAACGUCACCCCUUUCCAGAUUUUUCUGCAAUUGGUUGAAUCCACGGCAUCCCGGCCGAGUGUCACAUAUCUCUUUGUUGAUUCCAAGCUAUCCAGCAAAAGCUCCAGGGAAGGAAUUUCAGCGGCAGUUGCAUGUGGUUUUGCACAGAGGAAUAUCAGGAGUUUGAACGGGUUGAACGGGGGAGACGCGGAGGAAACUCCCAACCUGAAAGUGGUUCUGCUGAGUUUGGCACGAGCUGAAACUGGAGAUGAAAUUCAACUCUGUGCAGCUCGGAUUUUACAGCGAUCCUUGAAACAUGUAGCCCUGAUACCGCAUGCUGCUCAAGAGAGGGUGAUCUUGGAUGCGAUAUGCAAAGAUGAGGAACCCAUCAGACCUGAAGAAGCUGACGCUUUUGAUGUUUGCAAAACUGUUGACAUGUCACUUCCAGCAAGUUUGGUUGUGAGUAGUGCCUUGGAGGUGUUGCCAUGCAUCAGCGUCUACAUGCCUGAGCAGAUAUCUUCCGCCAUACAAGUGGCACAAAAAGUGGAAAAGGAUCUGAGUUUGAGAUGGACGACUUUGUAUUGGAAGGUAGAAAUACUACAGCAGCACGUUUCCGUUCUGUUAAGCGACCUUGCUCCAUGGCUCAAUGAAACGUGCAAUGCCAUCGAGGCUCAGCACACGGUGAAAGCACAGCAAUUGGAAGAUCUUCAUGUUACCGUUUUGUGGACGGGUUUUGAUGCAGAUUCUGAGCAGAAGCUUCUUGAAUUCGAAGGUCAAGAAGUGGGAAUUGCUGUGACAUCAAUUUGCUGUGAUGUUGAGCUGGGUCUUGUUGCAGUCAGAGUGUCCCUAGAUCACAUUCAGUCCUUGUGUGAAAGCCCUGAUCCGCACAUCACAGUCGCAAAGCUGCCGGGUGUUGCAGCAAAGCAAUCCAAUGGUGUGUUGCUUCGACACAGAAGGGGUGAUACAUCUGUGCUUCAUUAUGAGUUUGCUCCUCUUCGGGUGAAAGGUAUUGUGCAGCGUCAGCUUUCAGUUGAGUCCAUGGCUGCUGGUACGGCAGCACUUGCAUCAACCUUGCCACAGGGCAAUCCACUUUGUGAGCUGGGCCUUGCGGCGUCUCGAAAGUCUUUCGACAUUUUGGCCACCGAAGGACCGUCCUUUGCAUCUGACUUUAUGCUCAGCCUGCUCAGCUCACCCACAUGUCGUGUGUCACAGCCGCUGCAGCAUUGCCGAUGGCCUCCGAAAUUGCCGGGCAAGGUAUGGCUCACCAUCCACGAAUUUCCUGUGACACAAAGUCGGUUGAUGCUGGAGUUGAUGGAAAAAGCUGAAAACAAUCAGAUCUUCUCAUCCUUGGAGGUGGCUGUGAGUUACAUGUAUGUUGCUGAGAAUCUACUGCAGAAAACCUAUCCGAAGUUGCUUGGUGAUUUGGAGCAGCGUUGCAGUGGCCGAUGUUUGGAAUCUUUGCAGCAUGCAUAUCGGUGCCUUAAUCAUUGGCGUCCACAAGACUCCGGGAAGUCUCCCAGCUUUUGCCUCCGAUGCACUGGAGCUGGUGGACACAGCGAGAAACUUGAGCAGGGCCUUGUUGCAGUGAUUGGCAAAACUGGAUGGACACAUUCCCCUGGAGCUCCUUUGACCAUCAACGUCGAGUUCAAGGAAGACUGGAUUUUGCUGAGCCUUGCUGCACCCAAAACUCAUGCUGCGUCACCGGUCGUUGAAAGCCUUGCCCCGGAGAAGGUGGCAACGCCAGAGGUCCCAGCGAUUGCGGUUCCAGCUGGCUCUGCAAUGGAGGGAGGAAUUCUGAAGAUUGACGGUUCCUUUCUUGGAGGAGGGCGAGGACAUAUUUUGCGCAGUGCCAUGACAUAUGCGGCUGUCCUUGGGAUAUCAGUCGGUGUCCAUAACAUUCGCAAAAGCUCUGUUGGUGAGACAGGCCUACAACCGAGAGAUGCAGCAAUUUUGGAAGGUCUGACAAAAUUAGCGGGCGGCAAAAUACAAGGAGGAACUGUGGGGAGUCCAUUUGUGACUUUUCAUUCCAGUGCUUCCAAUUUGGACUGCGAUUCGUUCGUCAUCAACACAGGUUCUGGAGCAUUAACGCACGCAGUACAAGCUGCGCUACCUGUGAUGCUUUCAAGAUCAGCUGCUUUAGGAGGUUCUGAAGUGGAGGUGUGCUUCAGGGGAGCCACAAACCUUUGUCGUUGGAAUGGCGAAGGUGGUUUCGAGAUUUUGCCCCCAAUCGAGUACAUGAAACUUGUUCUGUUCCCAGUGCUGCGGAGACUUUUCGGCAUUACCUUGGCUUUGGACGUGCGUCGGAAGGGAUUUGGCUCCUUGGGAGAAGUCUUUGUUCGUGCAUCUGCAGAUCAAUGGCCACUGCCAUGCUUUGAAAUGCUCGACAGAGGUGAGGCAGCCUCCCUUUCGGGUGUCACGUAUAGUUCUGCUGGGAUCCCCCGAAAUGUUCUCAGCCGAUUUUUGCAGGGACAGCUCCGGAAGAAAGAUGCAGGGGCUGCAAUUGUUUUCAAAGAAGCUCUGCCACCUUUGCCUCAACACUUCACCUGUCAGGGUGAUCUUCCCAAUGACGAUGGUGUUGCUUGCGGCUUGGUGCUUGCCAUCAUCACGACAUCUGGAUGCUGUUUUGGCGGAGAUUCCAUGGGACGGAAAGGUGUUGCAGCUGAAGCAGUGGGGGAAGAAGCGGCCCGGAAGGCUGUGCUGGCCUUCCAGCGAGGUGGUUGUGCAGAUGAGCACUUGGAGGACCAACUCGUCGUGUUCAUGACCAUGGCAGCUGGUACUUCAAGGCUUCGUUUGGGUUCCUGCAGCACCUCUCGAUCUCUGCAUAUGCAGACAGCAUUGUGGCUCGCAGAGCGUUUCGGGGCAACAGUGCGUUUUGUACAAGAUGCUGAUGGUCCAGUUCUGGAAAUUGACGGAAUUGGAGACCGAUUGUCUUAGGUCAUGGGCCCACUCUCGUGUUGGCGCACACCACGUGGUACCAAUGUGGGUCUCCCCAACCAACCUCCUUGCCCCUCAAAACCACUGCUUGCUUCGGCCUGUGUCGCACCUGGACGAAUCAUGCAGUUGAGCCUGCAAAGCAUAUGAUAUCCAAAGGCUCCAACGUUUCCAGAAAAAUCACAAUCAGCGAUGCAAGCUUCAAGGGCAGUGCUACAUAUAUCUGAAACUGGGAUGCCCAGUUGCAAACAUUGAUGUCAGCACUGGGCCUGCAUCGGCUCUGCAGUGUCAAAUUGCUAUGGAAGAGAAGAUGCAUUGGGUUUGCACAUACUGGCAAAGACUUCAAGGACUCCUUGAAGAUUGGUACCUGUAGAUUCCAAAA